AUGGCUGAGAUACUGCCUACUCAGGAAGACCCACAGGAUUCAGCAGCUUUAGCGACCGUCGCUUCGAAGAAUGAGGAGAAGCUCGAGAGUGAGCUGCCGAGCCAAGUUACCCUGACCGACCAAGUAAGAAUCUGGCAACUGGUUUACCGCGUGUCGAUAAUUACGCCUGAGGUCUACUCGCAUCAAUAUCCUGGCCGUGGGACCGAAGUCGAGCCUUAUAUCGUUGAUUUCAUCCAUGAUGACCCUCUUAAUCCAUACAAUUGGGCAACAUGGCGGAGGUGGAUCUUCCUAUCGGUCGUCGCAGUCUCAACAUUAGCCGUCUCUUUUUGCACCUCAGCCUACCUUAGUGCAUUGCCUCAACUCCGAGAACAGUUCCAUGUCUCUGACUUGGUCAUCACGCUGGGUCUAUCCCUUUUUAUCUUGGGUUUCGCUCUUGGCCCUCUGGCUUGGGGACCAUUGAGUGAAGAGUAUGGCCGACAACCUCUUUACUUCAUCACCUAUACUAUUUUGACCGCCUUGAACAUCGGUGUGGCGACCGCAAAGUCGAUGCCAAUCUUACUUGUGCUCCGAUUCUUUGCUGGUGCUUUUGGAGCUUCGCCGUUGACUAAUUCAGGAGGAGUCAUCGCCGACAUGUUCGUCUCGGAGCAACGCGGCGUUGGUAUCGCUGCAUGGUCGGCUUGUGCAUUCAUUGGUCCAGCUAUCGGGCCUAUUGUUUCGAUGUUUGUCGCCUCUGAGGCUGGAUGGCGCUGGGUCAUGUGGGUCAUGACACUCUUUGCUGGAACGAUGUGGAUCGUUGGCUCUCUGGUGGUUCCCGAAACUUAUGCUCCGGUGAUACUGCGCCGGCGGAGCCAGAAAUUGACCAGGUUAACUGGCAAAUUACACAUCUCGAUAUAUGAGAGCAAAUCGGGCCAUAAGGCGGGGACAAUAGAAAAGAUCCGCAAAGUGCUCUUCAGACCAUGGGCAUUCCUGAUAUAUGAGCCAAUUGUGUUGCUCAUCUCAGUCUACAUGGCUAUCCUGUACGCGACAUUGUUCAUGAUGCUAGGAGCAUUUCCGAUCGUUUUUGCAGAGACCAGGGGCUGGGCACAGGGCGUCAGCGGUCUGCCUUUUAUCGGCAUUUGCAUUGGGAUGAUCAGCGGUGCUCUUCAUACUAUUUACGACAACAAGCGCUAUCUCAAAGCCAUCGCCAAACCAGAGAAUUUGGUGCCCGAGGCAAGGCUACCGCCUGCGUUGAUCGGCGCGAUAAUUACACCAAUUGGUAUGUUCUGGUUCGCUUGGACCAAUUUCCCCAGCAUACACUGGAUAGUAUGCAUCUUCGGCAUUGUCAUCUUCUGCCACGGGUCUGUGCUGGUGUUUCUAUCUGGCAUGAACUACCUGAUCGAUUCUUACACUGUUUUUGCGGCGUCCGUUCUAGCAGCGAAUGCUCUCCUACGAGCAGUCCUAGCUGCAGCCUUGUAA